GACACCAACAAUCUUUGGAUGCUUGUCUAUCUUGACUUCUUAGGUCUCCUAUAUAUAUACAUACAUAUCUUCUUCCUUUUAUAAUAUUUGUUUCUUCUCUCUGCUCUAUUUUUUUUUUUUGAAGCACAAGCACAACAAUGGCUCCGGCUUCCUUUCAUGGCAUCUCUAACACUGUGUGUGUCAUGGAUGCCUCGACUCGACUUGGCUCGAGCUUAGUCAAGCGGCUCCUUGCAAGAGGUUACACGGUUCAUGCUGCUAUUCAAAAUAUUCAUCAUGGUGAUCAUGAUGAGUUCUUGGAAUUAAGUGGACUGGGAGCAUGUGACAUGAAGAGACUAAAGAAUUUUCAUUUGGACCUUUUUGACUAUCAUAGUAUAGUUGAUGCUCUCAAGGGAUGUUCUGGCUUGUUUUACUCCUUUGAACCUCCAAAGGACCACUCAUGCACUUAUGAUGAAUAUAUGGGAGAAGUGGAGGUGAGGGCAGCACAUAAUGUAUUGGAAGCAUGUGCACAAACAGACACAAUUGAAAAAGUUGUGUUCACUUCCUCAGCAACUGCAAUUAUUUGGGGACAUGAAAAUGACCAAAACUCUGCAUCCAUGCAUCUUGAUGAAAGACAUUGGAGUGACAUUAACUUUUGUCGUAAAUUUAAGCUAUGGCAUGCAUUAUCAAAAACGCUAGCAGAGAAGACAGCAUGGGCACUAGCCAUGGACAGAGGUAUCAACAUGGUAUCAAUCAACGCAGGUUUAGUAAUGGGUCCUGAUCUAACGGUCACAAAUCCAUAUCUUAAAGGAGCUGCUGAGAUGUACGAAGAUGGAGUAUUCGUGACCGUUGAUCUUGAUUACUUGGUGGAGGCCCACAUUUGUGUUUAUGAAGAUAUAUCAACUUAUGGACGCUAUUUGUGCUUUAAUCACAUCAUUAACCAAAAUGAAGAUGCAAUUAAACUUGCUAAAAUGUUGUCCUCUUUGCCUUCUUCACCUCAAAGUUUGGAAAAUGAUACAAGGAUAAUUCCACAGAGGAUAAGCAACAAGAAGUUGAACAAACUUAUGGUUGAAUGCCAGCCACCGAUCAAUGACCUUAUGGCAAAUCAAGAGGAAUGCUUAUGAAAAUAAAUAGGAAAGAAAGAAGCGAUUAUUAAGCCCAAAGAUGACUUAUUGUAUAUGACAUGUAAGUAUGUGGAUGUGCAUGUUCAGUAUUAGGAAAGAAAUAAUUUAAGAGCCCCAUGUGGCUUUUAGGGGAUAUGAUUACAAUUUACAAGUUGUUUUGAAGUGCAAAUCAUUUACUUUAAGUCCAA